AUGGAGGUUGCCUCUGCUGGGGUAUCGAAUGGGGUUGCGACACCUGUGCAGGCCUCGUUUGUGGACUCCGGUGCUGUGAUCCAAUACUUGGUUGAUGUGCUGCAGGCGACUCUGGGAGCUCUGAAAACCGAGCUUGAGAGUACAGGUAGCUUGCUAUCUGAAGCCAAAUACAACGAGACGGUACAGCGAUGCACGCGCUUUGCUUCAGAGUCACAGACAGCUCUGUAUGUGCAGAAGGAUCUUGUGGCCGCGGAGGGAGCAAUCCUUGCGGCGCAGUAUGCGUAUAAUCUCUCCACCGAGAUCUCGUCCUCGUCUAACACUGUCGUGUCCGUCGCAUUCAUCAAACGCCCUGCUCCUAUUGAACCGUCGCUUCCCAUAUCGUCACAAAUCCAGGUUGUCAACCUUCCUGGCCCGGCAUCCCUCAAUAACGCCCAAGCGCAACAAGGCACUUCCUUGUCGCCCUACGAGAUUAUGCACCUCAUGGUGCACCAGGUGUUAACUCCCUACUUCGAAGCCAACACCCGCAACCAGGAUGCAGCCAGUGGUUCAAAACAGAGGACGGACACGGAGGUUAAGACCGGGGUGCCUGGGACCAAGAAGAAGCUGGCAGAGCUGGAACUUGCUCUGUCACAUUUGCAACAGAAUGUUGAAAUCCCGGCUUUGAAUCUGCCACUACAUGAAGUGGUUCAAGCUGCCCUAGCUGAAGCGGAGGUUCGCGGAAUUAAAUCUUCCGUGGAGCUAAUCCCCUCCAAUAUCCUAGAAAGCAGCGCGUUCAUCAAUAGUAUUCAAAAUACCGUGAAUGCUUGGAUUAGAUCCAUCCAAACGAUCACGAAGAUGUCCCGUGAUGCCGAUAGCGGAUCGGCAGCUCAGGAGAUUAACUUCUGGUUGUCAAUGGAAGGAGCUCUUGAAGGCAUCGAAAACCAACUGCGCAGCGAUGGUGUUCAGCUGACGAUGGAUAUCCUCCGUCAUGCGAAGCGUUACCAAGCAACCUUGAGCUUUGUGGCCGAUACUGGACUGCGAGAGGCCACAGAUAUGGUCCAGAAGUACAACCAGCUUAUGCGAGAUUUCCCAUUGGAUGAAUUGCUUUCUGCUACAACUUUACAGAAGGUGCAGGAGUCCCUUGGGCUGAUUUUCGGUCAUUUGAAUAAGAAAUUGAAGAUCUGUCCCUACCCAAUCAAGCGGGCUCUUGCACUGGUUGAAGCUAUCUCCGGUGACUUGGACACGAAGAUUCAUAAUCUGCUCCAUGGCCGCACGAUCUUGCACUUGGACUACCGUGAGUUCCGCUCUCUGAUGAAGACCUGCGGCGCGAUCUGGCGAGCUUGGGAUGAGAACCUGAAGGAGUUCACCAAUGUCGCUCGUGAAUCGACAAGGCGCCGGAACGAGAAAUUCAUUCCCAUCAAGGUUGCUGCUCGCCACGAAAAGACACAGGAGCGCUUGAAGUAUAUCAACACAUUCAGAGUGAAUCACGAGCAACUCCAAAAAACGAUCGUGAAUGUACUCGGCCCAAAGACUUCUUCUGCGGGAGACACAGCUACCGGAGCAGGCUCCGAUGGUGCCGUCAUUGUUGAAGAAAUUGGAGACGUCGACGCAGUUGAGGAAGUUGCACAGGCAUAUGCCGCUUUGAGAAAUGUAGACGUAUUGGACGUCACUCCCGAAGGCACCCAACAAUGGAUCAAGGAAGAAAUUGCUUAUAAUGAGCGGACUUCUCGAGUUGAGAACUCCAUUAUUGCUCGCUUGCGUGAUCGUCUCGCUACCGCGAAAAACGCCAAUGAAAUGUUCCGGGUCUUUUCGAAGUUCAACGCGCUCCUUGUUCGCCCAAAGAUCCGAGGUGCAAUUGGUGAAUACCAGACUCAACUUAUCGAGAACGUUAAACAGGACAUUUCCUCAUUGCACGAACGAUUUAAGCAGCAGUAUGGCCACUCAGAAGCUCAUGCUAUGGCACAGCUGCACGAUCUUCCUCCCGUUUCGGGUGCUAUCGUCUGGGCGCGCCAGAUCGAGCGACAGCUCGAUGGCUACAUGCGGAAGGUUGAGGAUGUCCUAGGAGAAGAUUGGCAUCUUCACACCGAAGGUCAGAAACUUCAAGCUGAGGGCAAUCUCUUCCGCAAGAAGUUGGAUACUCGGCCCGUUUUCGAAUCCUGGCUGCACGAUGUCCAGAGACGUCACAUCACCAUCUCUGGCCGUCUAUUCAAUAUUGGGCGCAAUCGCGCAGCCGGUAACAGUUUGGAGCUCAACGUCAAUUUUGACGCUCAGAUCAUUGCCUUAUUCAAAGAGGUCAGAAACCUGAUAUGGCUCAAUUUCCAGGUCCCACACGCCGUCAGCAGCAUCUCAAAAGAGGCCAAGCGUGUUUACCCGUAUGCUAUCAGCCUGAUGGAGAGCGUUCGGACGUUACUUCAAACAACUCGCUCUAUUGCUGCCAUGACAGAAGUUGCAAUCUUACUCAAUGGAUACCUGAAUGAUGCUCAAGGCAUGGUGAUCAAGGGCAUUCCCCUUCGUUGGGAAUCGUUUGUCCAUUCAUACGAGCUUCAUGUGAAGCAAUCGGCAUUAGCGAAUGGUGCCAUCGAGUCUACCAUCCCAGCAAGAGGAGAGAGCAAGCAUGUUCAAUUCGUCCGAGAAUUUGCAGGAUCGGCGUCGGUGCUCCAAUCAAAGACAGCCGUCUUGUAUUCUGUGUACGACAACAUCCAGAAAGCCAUCCUCGAGCUGAAGACCUGUCCCUAUGAGGCGUCAGCAUUCAAGCAACGCUUAGACACCAUUCAAGUCGCCGUUGAUAAGCUGAACUUGGAGAACUACGUCAAUCUUGGUUUCUGGGUUGCCCGCUUGAACCAAAAGAUCGAAUCUAUUCUGCGUGACCGGCUCCACCGCGCCAUUCGUGAAUGGAUUCACUCUUUCUUGGAAGCCAAAGAGCAACGAAAUACUUCCCUGAUAUCCAUUGGGACUCAGCAUCCUGCUGCAGGGGAGCCGGAGGCCGUCUCUUACAAGAUCGAAUUCCCUGAGCUCGUUCAUGAAAUCUCGAUGCGGAACCAAGUUCUUCACCUGGAUCCACCUUUACAGUUUGCUCGAGCGAGUUGGUUCUCCCACUUCGACAACUGGCUGGGUGUGAUCUGCAAUUUGGAGAAGAUUAAAUCAUCCCGUUAUCAAAUCUCUAUCGAUGUUCAGAAAGCCCAAUUGUCCGAAGUCUGCUUUGCCGAUCUCCCGCAACACUGCACCGAAGAACUGGGCCAUGUAUACAAUGUCGUGGAAGCAAGGCUGAAGGAAGUUUCGGAAUACGUUGAUAAGUGGUUGCAAUUUCAGUCUCUUUGGGACUUGCGGUCUGAGCAAGUGUAUGACAUCUUGGGUGAUGACCUGGCUCAAUGGCUCCAACUGCUCCAGGAGAUUCGGAAGAGCCGAGCGACAUUCGACACUUCUGAGGUCAGCCGAUCAUUUGGCAACGUCAGGAUAGACUACGAGCAGGUUCAAACUCGAGUCAACGCCAAAUACGACCAGUGGCAACACGAGAUAUUAUUGAAGUUCGGAUCGAAGCUGGGAGCUAGAAUGAGAGAAGUGCAUUCUGAGAUAGCUUCUGCUCGUAGAGACCUGGAGGGACAAACCCUUGAAGCUUCUUCAACUGCGCACGCCGUUUCGUUCAUCACUAUUGUCCAGCAAUGCAAGCGGAAAGCCAAGGUUUGGGAGCCAGAAGUCAAUCUCUUCCGACAAGGCCAAGCUACGCUUGCUCGCCAACGUUAUCAAUUCCCCAGUGACUGGCUUCAUGUGGAGAGAGUCGAUGGCGAGUGGGCUGCUUUGAAUGAGCUCCUGGCGCGGAAGAGUAAGAUUGUUCACGAUCAAACUGAAGGUUUGCGUGCGAAGAUUACGGCGGAAGACAAGGUGAUUGGUGAUAAGAUCUCUGAAGUCAUAGCUCAGUGGAAUGAGGAAAAGCCAGUAUCUGGAACUAUCCCGCCUGAGGAGGCUUCUCGAACUUUGAGCACCUUCCAAUCCCGACUGGAGGCCCUCCAGGCUGAAUUCGAAAUGGUCUCCAAAGCCAAGGAAGCCCUAGAUCUGCCAGCUAGUGCUGAGUCCUCGCUACCCGCGAUCCUCGAAGAGGUACAGGAUUUCAUGUCGGUCUGGGCAGCUCUUUCAACCAUCUGGAAGAGUCUCAAUGAUCUCAGAGACAUGCUCUGGACAAGCGUACAGCCCAGAAAGCUCCGUCAGUCAAUCGAUGGGUUGAUUAAGAUGACCAAAGAAAUGCCAAGUCGUAUGCGUCAGUAUGCGGCAUUCGAACAUAUACAGAAUGUCCUCCGACAGCUUCUCAAGGUUAAUCCCUUGCUCUCCGACAUGAAGUCUGAAGCUGUGCGAGAGCGACAUUGGCAGAAGAUCUACAAAGCUCUAAAACCUGGAAAGCGGUUUUCGCUCGUGUCUCUUGCCCUGGGAGAUGUGUGGGAUCUGCAGCUCGCCACUACUGAGACUGUCAUCCGAGACAUCAUUGCUCAAGCCCAGGGUGAAAUGGCCCUGGAAGAGUUCUUAAAAUCUGUUCGGGAGACAUGGCAAAAUUACUCUUUGGACCUCGUCAAUUACCAAAAUAAAUGUCGUCUCAUCCGUGGCUUUGAUGACCUGUUCGCGAAGUGCAGUGAAAAUUUGAAUUCUCUGCAAGCUAUGAGGCAUUCGCCAUACUAUAAAGAGUUCGAGGAGGAAGCAGCCUCUUGGGAAGACAAGCUCAACCGAGUACAUGUCCUCUUCGACGUGUGGAUCGAUGUUCAGCGGCAAUGGGUCUACCUUGAGGGUGUUUUCACGGGUAAUGCUGAUAUCAAGCACUUGCUCCCUCUUGAAUCAAGCCGCUUCCAGAACAUUAACUCCGAAUUCUUCGCGGUGAUGAAGAAGGUCUACAAGUCACCGUUCGUGCUCGACGUGCUCGCCAUCAAUGGCGUGCAAAAGUCCCUGGAGAGACUGGCUGAAUUGCUGAACAAGAUCCAGAAGGCUCUGGGUGAAUACCUGGAGCGUGAACGUAUCUCCUUUCCUCGUUUCUAUUUCGUCGGUGAUGAGGAUCUGCUGGAAAUUAUCGGUAACAGCAAUGACAUCUUCCGCGUUGCGAAGCACUUCAAGAAGAUGUUUGCAGGAUUGUCCGGGGUUCUCAUGGAUGAUGAAAACAACAUAGUUGGCUUCACUUCGAAGGAGGGUGAGGAGGUGCGCUUGAAGAAGGAAGUCAAUCUAGUCAAGACUCCCCGAAUCAACGAUUGGCUUACUGCACUCGAGACCAACAUGAAGUUAACACUGGCCGAACUUCUUGUGGAGGCAAUCGAGCAAUUCGAAACCAUCUAUAGUGCCACCGAGGUUGAUCGCACCGCUUUCAAUGACUAUUUGGCCAAUUAUCCUGCUCAAAUUGUCGUUCUUGCCAGUCAAGUCGUCUGGACCAAGGCUGUGCAAACGUCGCUGGAGAAUGGUGGAACGAACCUCAAAGAGUUGCACGAGGCUGAAGUCCGCGUGCUCGAGUUACUCGCUGCUACCGUGCUUGGAGAUCUCGAUGGGAUCAGCCGCAAGAAAUGCGAACAUAUGAUUACGGAAUUUGUUCAUCAGCGUGAUGUUAUCACGAAGCUCAUUGCCGCCAAUGCAACCACACCAAUGAAUUAUCUUUGGCUGCUUCAGAUGCGCUACGUUUACCAAGACGAUGGCGACUUCCUUCAGCGGUUGCAUGUUCAUAUGGCCAAUGCCAAACUCAGCUAUGGCUUUGAGUACCUCGGAGUCCCUGAACGUCUCGUCCGCACUCCUCUUACGGACCGCUGCUUCCUGACACUUACUCAGGCCUUGUGCCAGAGACUGGGAGGUUCGCCAUAUGGUCCUGCUGGUACUGGUAAAACAGAGUCAGUCAAGGCCCUGGGUCUUCAGCUCGGUCGUUUCACUUUAGUGUUCUGCUGUGACGACACUUUCGACUUCCAGGCCAUGGGUCGUAUCUUCCUUGGUAUUUGCCAAGUGGGCGCGUGGGGUUGUUUCGACGAGUUCAAUCGUUUGGAAGAAAGAAUUCUGUCCGCCGUCUCUCAGCAGAUCCAGAAUAUCCAGAUCGGCUUGAAGACUGGAAUAGACGAUGAGAAGGCGCAGAUCGAACUUGUAGGGCGACGUCUUCGCGUGAAUCAGAAUACCGGAAUCUUUAUCACAAUGAACCCCGGUUAUGCGGGACGUUCGAACCUGCCUGACAAUCUGAAGAAGCUGUUCCGUAGCGUUGCCAUGUCUAAACCGGACAAAGAGCUCAUCGCAGAAGUCAUGCUCUUCUCUCAGGGUUUCAAACAGGCGAAGCACUUGUCCAAGCAAACCGUGCCCUUCUUCGACCACUGUUCCUCGCAGUUAUCAAAGCAGGCACAUUACGACUUUGGCCUGCGUGCACUUAAGAGUGUACUUGUUAGCUCAGGAGGUCUCAAGCGGUCACGUAUCGCCAGCACAGAUGGUGACCUUGGCCCUGAUGAGGUCAUUGAACCUCAGAUCAUUGUUCAGAGUCUUCGAGAGACAAUCGCCCCUAAGCUGGUCCGUGAAGAUGUUGACCGGAUGCUCGAGAUACAGGCGCACAACUUCGCUGGUGUCGAGUAUGUGCCUGCCAAUUAUGAGAAACUCACUCAAGCGAUCCGUGAUAUUGCUCACGAGCAGCAUUUUGUUGACAGUGACAUGUGGAUUACCAAGGUUCUGCAGCUGUACCAGAUUCAAAGUAUCCACCACGGUGUGAUGAUGGUCGGCAAGUCAGGGUCUGGAAAGUCUGCUGCUUGGAAGAUCCUGCUCCAGGCACUACAGCGGAUUGAGGGUGUCGAAGGCGUCUCCCAUAUCAUUGACUCCAAGGUCAUGUCCAAGGAAGCUCUCUACGGCAAUCUGGAUAACACCACGAGAGAAUGGACGGAUGGUCUGUUCACUGGUAUUCUGAGAAAGAUUGUGGACAAUCUUCGUGGUGAGGACUCCAAGCGGCACUGGAUUGUGUUUGAUGGCGAUGUCGAUCCCGAGUGGGUUGAGAAUCUGAACAGUGUCCUCGAUGACAACAAACUUUUGACUCUCCCCAAUGGUGAACGUCUGAAUCUUCCUCCGAACGUUCGUAUAAUGUUCGAAGUCGAGAGCCUCAAGUACGCUACCCUGGCUACAGUCAGUCGUUGUGGUAUGGUCUGGUUCAACGACGAUACUGUCACUCCUCUCAUGAUGAUCUCCAACUACGUCGAAUCGCUCAAAACAAAGACAUUUGAAGACCUGGACGACGACAGCGCCCCUGCAGGACAAGCUGCCGUCAAGACCCAAGAUGCGCAGAACAUGCUCUCCACAAUCCUCAAGCAAAUUUUACAAACCGAUGGACUGGUUUUUAGAUCUCUUGAUGAAGCUAAAAAGUACAAUCAUAUCAUGGAGUUCACGGAUAUUCGCGCUCUCAACACUCUCUUCAGUCUGUUGAACAAAGCUUGCCGCAACGUCCUUGAGUAUAACAUUCAGCAUGUGGAUUUCCCGUUGGACUAUGAACAGAUCAAAUCUUACAUCUCUAAGAAGCUCCUCCUCGCUCUUGUGUGGUCCUUCACCGGAGACUGCCCUCUGACAGACCGCCAGGCUUUCGGUCAGUCUGUCUCGGCCUUGUCGACAACCGAAUUGCCUCCCGAUGGAGCGUCCUCUCUCAUUGACUUUGAUAUCACGCUGCCUAAGUCGGAAUGGGCGAGCUGGCAGUCGCAGGUGCCCUCCAUUGAGAUCAAUACACACUCCAUCACUCAAACGGAUGUGGUCAUUCCAACUGUGGACACUGUUCGUCACGAGGAUGUCCUCUAUUCUUGGCUUGCUGAGCACAAGCCAUUACUUCUCUGUGGUCCUCCAGGUUCCGGUAAAACCAUGACUCUGUUCGCAGCACUUCGAAAGCUGCCGAACAUGGAAGUCGUCGGCCUCAACUUCUCAAGUGCCACAACGCCAGAUCUUUUGAUCAAGACUUUCGAGCAGUACUGCGAAUACAAGAAGACAUUGAAUGGUGUUGUUAUGUCCCCGAACCAAAUCGGUCGCUGGUUAGUCAUUUUCUGUGAUGAAAUCAACUUGCCUGCGCCAGACAGAUAUGGUACGCAACGCGCGAUCUCUUUCCUCAGACAGCUCGUUGAACAGAACGGAUUCUGGAGAACAUCGGACAAGACAUGGGUCACUCUGGAUCGCAUUCAAUUUGUUGGAGCUUGUAAUCCUCCCACUGACGCCGGACGUACCCCGAUGGCCGAGCGAUUCCUGCGUCACUCUCCCCUCAUUAUGGUCGAUUACCCUGGUGAGAUUUCGCUCAUGCAGAUCUACGGAACAUUCAACUCGGCCGUUCUCAAGAUCAUACCACUACUGCGUGGAUAUUGCGAAUCCCUCACCAAAGCGAUGGUACAAUUUUACUUGGAAUCUCAAAGUCGAUUCACUCCCAAAAUCCAGCCGCACUACGUGUAUUCCCCCCGUGAGCUUACUCGAUGGGUUCGUGGUGUGUACGAAGCCAUUAAACCUCUUGAGACGCUUUCUGUCGAAGGUUUGGUGCGUAUUUGGGCACACGAAGCGUUGCGCCUCUUCCAGGAUCGAUUGGUAGCGGAGGAAGAGAGAAAUUGGACCGCCGAUGCAGUCCGACGCAUUGCUCUCGACAACUUCCCCACUAUCGAUGACCAGCAAGCACUCAAGGGACCGAUUUUGUUCUCGAACUGGCUGUCCAAGAACUACGUCCCCGUCGAGCGGGAGCGUCUGCGCGAUUUUGUUAAGGCCCGUUUGAAGACCUUCUGCGAAGAGGAGGUUGAUGUUCCUCUUGUUCUCUUCAAUGACGUUUUGGAGCAUGCUCUACGUAUUGACCGAGUGUUCCGCCAACCCCAAGGUCAUCUCAUCCUGAUUGGUGUGAGUGGCAGUGGCAAGACGACUCUAUCUCGCUUCGUUGCUUGGAUGAAUGGCUUGAAGGUCUUUCAAAUCAAGGUGCAUGGGAAAUACUCCUCGGAAGACUUUGACGACGACUUGAGGACCGUUCUCCGACGGGCAGGAUGCAAGGGCGAGCAAAUUUGUUUCAUCAUGGACGAGGCCAAUGUCCUUGACUCUGGUUUCCUUGAACGCAUGAAUACGCUGCUUGCGAAUGCGGAGGUGCCCGGUCUGUUUGAGGGUGACGAGUUCUCGUCCCUGAUGACCGCCUGCAAAGAGGGGGCUCAGCGCCAGGGUCUUCUCCUCGACUCCCAGGAAGAACUCUACAAGUGGUUCACGCAGCAAAUCGUCAAGAACCUCCAUGUGGUAUUCACCAUGAAUCCUCCCGAAGAUGGACUCUCUUCCAAGGCUGCCACCAGUCCCGCCUUGUUCAAUCGUUGCGUCUUGAACUGGAUGGGUGAUUGGUCCGAUCAAGCCCUAUUCCAGGUUGGCUCUGAACUGACACAGUCACUUGACUUGGACAAGCCCAACUUUGUUGCCGCGGAUAGCAUUCCCGUUGCAUAUCGCGAACUAAGCCUUCCCGCAUCUCAUCGAGACACGGUUGUCAAUUCUAUGGUGUACAUCCAUUACUCACUGCAAAGAUUCAAUCAGCGUCUGCAGAAACAGCAGGGACGGACAACCUAUCUCACUCCUCGCCAUUACCUUGACUUUGUCGCGCAGUAUGUUAAGCUUUUCAAUGAGAAGCGCGAGGAUCUGGAGGAGCAACAAAGACAUUUGAACGUGGGUCUAGAGAAGCUGCGCGAUACUGUCGACAAGGUCAGCGAUUUGCGUGCUAGCUUGGCCCAGAAAAAGAUGCAGCUGGAGAAGAAAGAUGCAGAGGCGAACGAAAAGCUGCAGCGCAUGGUUGCGGAUCAAAGAGAGGCCGAGCAACGUAAGGCCGUUUCCCUCGAAGUGCAGGCUGCCCUAGAGAAACAAGAAAAGGAGGUGGCACUGCGCAAGGAAGUUGUGCUGAAUGAUCUGGCUCGCGCCGAACCCGCUGUGCUUGAGGCCCAGAAGAGUGUGAGCAACAUCAAACGUCAACAUCUCACCGAAGUCCGUUCAAUGGGCAACCCACCAGCCAGCGUUCGUCUUGCUCUUGAAGCUGUGUGCACUUUACUUGGACACAAGGUGGAUAGCUGGAAAACGAUUCAAGGUAUCAUCCGCAGAGACGACUUCAUUGCCAGUAUCGUCAACUAUGACAACGAAAGGCAAAUGACCAGGAAUCACCGUCUCAAGAUGCAGAGUGAGUUCCUUUCAAAGGAUGACUUCACCUACGAGCGAGUCAACCGCGCCAGUAAGGCCUGUGGUCCUCUUGUCCAGUGGGUUGAAGCUCAAGUCAAUUACUCUGAAAUCCUUGACCGUGUCGGGCCUCUACGUGAAGAAGUCGAUCAAUUGGAAGAACAAGCUCUUCAGACCAAAGCGGAGGCUCAGGCCAUCGAGAAUACCAUCCAGGGACUGGAAAGCAGCAUUGCCACCUACAAAGCUGAAUAUGCUGCGCUUAUCAGCGAGACUCAAGCCAUCAAGACAGAGAUGUCAAGAGUGCAGUUCAAGGUCGACCGAAGUGUGCGUCUGCUUGAUAGCUUGUCGUCCGAACGUACACGUUGGGAGGAGGGUAGCAAGUCUUUCGAGACCCAGAUCAGUACGCUCGUAGGUGACGUCCUUAUUGCUGCAGCGUUCCUUGCAUAUGCCGGAUUCUACGAUCAACAGUUCAGAAAGGCUAUGAUUGAUGACUGGGUGAACCAACUCGCGCAAUCGGGUAUCAACUUCAAGCCACACAACCCGAUCACAGAGUACCUGUCGAACGCCGAUGAACGUUUGACUUGGCAAAGUCACGCUCUCCCGGUUGAUGACCUCUGCACAGAGAAUGCCAUCGUCCUCAAGCGGUACAACAGAUACCCCCUGAUCAUCGAUCCAUCGGGUCGUGUCACCGAGUUCUUGCAGAAGGAAAGCACAGACAGGAAGCUCACGGUCACGAGCUUCUUGGACGACUCUUUCGUCAAACAACUCGAGAGUGCACUGCGUUUUGGCAACCCAAUCCUCAUCCAGGACGCUGAACACUUGGACCCUAUUCUCAACCAUGUCCUCAACAAGGAGUACCAGAAGACCGGAGGCCGUGUUCUCAUCCAGCUUGGGAAGCAAGAAAUUGACUUUUCGCCUUCGUUCAAGCUCUUCCUUUCGACAAGGGAUCCUUCAGCCUCCUUCCCGCCGGAUGUGUGCAGUAGAACCACUUUUGUCAACUUCACUGUCACGCAGAGCAGUUUGCGUACCCAGUCACUCAAUGAGGUUCUCAAGUUUGAGCGGCCGGAUGUGGAUGAACGACGUACCGACCUGGUCAAACUACAAGGAGAGUUCAAGAUUCAUCUCCGCCAGCUUGAGAAGCGACUGCUGCAGGCAUUGAACGAAUCUCGCGGCAAUAUCCUGGAUGACGACAACGUUAUUGAGACCUUGGAGACAUUGAAGAAGGAGGCGGCCGAGAUCUCUAAGAAGAUGGUGGAGACCGAGGGCGUGAUGAAUGAAGUUGAGAAUAUCACUCAAAAUUACAGCAUUAUUGCGCGGUCUUGCAGCGCGGUGUUUGCGGUUUUGGAACAGCUUCACCACAUUAAUCACUUCUAUCAAUUCUCGCUGCAGUACUUUGUGGAUAUCUUCCACUCGGUCCUCUAUCAGAAUAAACGUCUCGCCCAAGAGAAGGAUCAUUCGGCGCGCGUUCAGAUUAUUCUUCGGGAUCUGUUCAUCACAGCAUUCCAGCGUACUUCUUUGGGACUGAUCCAGAAGGAUCGCAUCACGCUGGCUAUGCUCCUUGCCCAAGCCGCCCCUUACCCCAUGGAUAAGAGCAUCAUCGAUAUCAUUCUUGACGAAUCGGUAGAGGGUGCGGACCUGUCGACCGCUCUGGAACUCAAAGAUCAAGUUCUGAGCAAGAUUUCGAAUAUGGCCCUCUUCAAAUCGACGUUCCCGAGCAUUUCUCAAGACCAGUGGGACAAAUUCCUGGGCGAAGAACUAGCCGAGAAUUUCAUCCCAGCCGUUUGGGACGACAACACGGAGCAACUCGACCGUCUGCUUCGUUCGUUGCUACUUGUGAAGCUAUGCAGAUUGGACCGAUUCAUCCCAGCUGCUGAGCGCUUCAUCGAAGCCGUCUUUGGUCGCGAGUUUUUCGAAGGAAGCUCCGACUUGCAGCAGGUUGUUGAGCAGGUGGCAGCCACCACACCGAUCUCACUCAGCUCAAGCCCUGGUUUCGAUGCCAGUUACAAGGUGGAUGCUCUUGUUGAGCGCAUGCAUGCAACCUGCGCGAACAUCGCAAUGGGAUCCAACGAAGGUCUUGAAAGUGCCGACAAGGCAAUCAGCCAUGCUGCCACAGCGGGUACGUGGGUACUGGUCAAGAACGUCCACCUGGCCCCGUCGUGGCUGCAGAGUUUGGAGAAGCGACUCGACUCGCUUAAACCGCACAAGGAGUUCCGGCUUUUCUUGUCGAUGGAGUCUAGCCCUAAGAUUCCGGUCAACCUCAUCCGUGCUUCUCGCGUCCUCAUGUACGAGCAACCUGCUGGUAUCCGCGCAAAUAUGAAGGAUUCGCUGUCCUCUCUGGUGGCCCGUGCCGGUCAGCCUCCGGUUGAGAAGGCGCGCGUCUAUCUUCUGCUCUGCUUCUUGCAUGCCGUGAUCCAAGAAAGACUCCGAUAUGCACCUAGCCUGGGGUGGAAGGGCUUCUGGGAAUUUAACGAUAGUGAUUAUGAGUGCUCAGCACACAUUAUCGAUGUCUGGGUGGAAACCGUCGCUCAGGGUCGAUCCAACGUCGCACCCCAGAAACUCCCAUGGGAGAUGAUUCGCACGCUUGUGACGGAGACGUACGGUGGCAAGGUCGAUGACAGCGGCGAUUUCCAAGUGCUGGAGAAGCUUGUGCACAGCUUCCUUACACCGACCGCGUUCGAAGUCGACUACAAACUGGUCUCUGGUGUUGAGAACGACGACUGCUUAGCACUGCCCGGAGAAACCGGCAUUCGCGAUUUUGUGGAAUGGGUGAAUCGCCUACCAGAACGAGAACCACCCACGUACCUGGGUCUUCCCGCCAAUGCAGAGAAGCUGCUGUUGGUCGGUCAUGGAAAGAAGAUGAUCUCAGACCUGUCCAAGGUGACGACUUUGUUGGAUGAAGGGGAGCAGUUAAUGAUUGAGGCGUAG